CGGUGAUGCUGCUGUGGUUUCUGCAGCUGACGCUUGUCUAGCACCCGACUAAAAGUACCCACGGUGGUGAUUUCCCCCCCCCAUCCCUUCGCCCUACACUGUCGCCCCUCUCUCGCCAUCCCUUUAUGAGGGGAAGCAGCCCUCGAUAAAGUGCAACACGCCCCUUGGAGUUGUCUCAGUAGCACAACCCAUCCCACCACCCCCUCAAAAUGAAAUCCGCUACCGCCACGAAAUCCCCCAAUGGCCACGGCAGCCUCUACAAGGAGGUGCGCUUUUCGCCAACCCCGACCCCCGUUCGUCGUUCACAGUCGGUGCCGGACACCUACUUCGACGCGAACCCCAGUCAUAUGCGAGGCCUUGGUAACUCCGGGACCGCGUACUCCGUCGUCAGUGCGGAGUAUCUCAGCCAAGUACGGUCGCUCCUCGAUCGCCAACGCUCGAAUUUUGAAAACGAGAGGAAGCUCUUCCACGAGGAGCGCCAAUUAUGGGUGAAUGAGCGAGCGCUGUUGACUCAGAGGAUCUCGGAGCUAGAGUCGUUGCUACGGGGAAGGGGGUCCACAGGGGCCGCCGCCACUAGUACAGCCGCGACCGGGGCUUUUGCGUCUAAUCCGUUCUCUGCAUUUCACAACCAGUUCGGUCGCUCGCUGUCAACAGAGCUUCCUGAUCAUUCGCACCCGACGAGCACACAGGUGUGGGAAGGUUCCAGCCCCGGAAGCAGGCCCACAAGGGUGUUCCCCGACGCAGAGAAGACGGACCACCGGGGCCUCACGUCGAUCCCGGAGCAAGGAGGGAACCUAUCGUCCGCACCGUCCUUGGACGCGGCCCUCUUCUCGCCCCAGUCUCACGCGGCUGAUCCGUCCGCGAGCGCGUGCGUUCCGGUACCGAUUGAGCGACUUGACAGCAAGCUCGACGGGAUCACACUCAAGUCAUCUGCCUUGCCCCCGGAGGUUCUGGCCCGCGUGAUCACGCCGCCGUCGCCGCCGUCGCUGGAGGACUCUCCCUCGCUGCCUUGCCGGCCAUCCGUCGAGCAGCGCAACAGCCUCAAGCUGAAGCUGUCCCAACUUGGCCCCCCGACCCUGAAGGGGCCUCUCUCCCUGUUGAACGAGGCGGAGCACGACAGUGGCUUCCUGAAGGAGCUGGAUCAGAAGCUUCUGGACCAGGUCAGGCAAGCCCUUGGGUAUCCCCAAGACCGCGAGAAUCAGAAACAGACGGAGAUCGAGCCCCCCAGCCAGGGCGAGCCCGAACUGAAGUUCAAGAACACGACCAACUUCGGCACGGCGUUUGGGAAUUCGGACUGCCGGAAGGUGUAGAUCGGGGGUGUGGUCAUAUUAUUAUUAUUAUUACCUUCCUAGCACAUGUUUAGGCGACGGAACUUGUUGAUGUCAUGAUGGAAUUUGGGGGUUUACGGGACGGAGGGAUGCAUGUCAUGAUUGAUGAAAUAUGACGAUGCUGUUUUUUUUUUUAUUUUUUCUUUGCAUAUGCAUCGGCAACCAUGUGUAACUAUUAAAGCAACGGAG